AAUGAUGAGUUUAAUUGGAUGAUGUCAUCAAUACCUUGGUGGAAGGUUCUUCCCGCACUGAUAUGCGCUUAACCAGUGGGAUCUAGCUCUAACCCAUCAGAUUCUACCACAACUUCUGAAACCGAUCGAAAUGGUUCAAGUGAUGAUGCGUAUUAUAUUAAUUCUAUCAUGGGUUUUGACAUCUUUGCACACUCUGAUCAAAGAGUCGAAUGCAACUCACAGUUCAUUGAAUAUUUUGGCUCCAAUCUUACGUCAACAUUGGAGACAGUUUUUCGUGAAACUAUUUUGAGUGUAAAAAGAGAAGGUGCGAACGCACAAAACGCGAACUGCUUCAAUGAAAUAGUCGAGAUCUCAAUAACAAUUGGUAAUGUGACUUCAGCUGAAAGGGGAAGCGAAAUAGUUCUGCUUUUGAAGAACCUACCGGAUAUCGAAUUUGCGAUUGACUUAUUGGAUUCAGAGUAUGGGCUGGUUUUGAGACAGUUGUCUGUAAAGAUGACUGUUCAUGGCAUUGAAAAAGAGAGUCGUAGCCAUCGAAUGCAGAACAUCGUUUUUGUGCUUGUGGUAGCAGGGGUAACAGUGUUUGUGGUGUUAUUGUCUGCAAUAAUAUCUUUGAGCAAAGUGGUGGACUACCAUUGGAACCGAGUAAGUGAACAGCAGUGGCUAAAAUCUUUCGCAUUCUUGGACGAUAGACAUCAGUUCAACAGCAAAGUUACCAUCUCAACCAUCAGCCACUACGACAUCAACAGUCCUCUGCACAUCCCGAGGCCGAUAGUAUUCUACGCACCAAGUUCGGAGUCUUCGCUGGAACGGUUCACACCUCCCUCGAACCCAUCAUGGAGUGUUCCAUAUUUCAUCGAGCCGAAUGUUAUUGCAACCUAAUUAGAAUGAUACAAUAAAUCUCUUAUUCAAUCA